AUGGAUACCUUCCGCUUCCGCCUGAAUUGUCUCGACAACUACCAGGCAACACCGACAGAUCUCGAUCCAAUUUUGAGACGUGGUGCCGGUCCGUCGCAGAAGUCGCGUGAGGCAUCACCUCAAGUCCCGGUUAUCCGAGCAUUUGGCGCUACCGAGACUGGGCAGAAAGUGUGCGCGCAUAUCCAUGGAGCCCUGCCAUACUUGUAUCUCGAAUACACGGGUAGCUUGGAGAAGGAUGCUGUCAAUGUCUAUCUUCAAUCCCUUCGAGCCUCAAUUGACCAUGCCCUCGCCUUGACAUACCGCCGAAAUGCAUAUGACGGGAAGUCGGUCUACGUUGGCCAUAUCUCGCUAGUUAAGGGUGUGCCCUUCUUUGGAUACAAUGUUGGAUAUAAGACCUUCCUCAAGGUCUACAUGCUCAACCCCAUGCACAUGACUCGCUUCGUCGAUCUGCUGCACCAAGGAGCCAUCCUGAACCGAAUCUUCCAGCCAUACGAGAGUCACCUGCAAUACCUUUUGCAAUGGAUGUGUGACUACAACUUGUUUGGCUGUGACUAUAUCAAUUGCGCAAAGGUCCAGUUCCGCGGCCCCGUUCCGGACAGCGACGAGAUAGACACCAAAACGCACAAGUGGCACGAUGCGUCAGUUCCAGAAGCAUUCAUCACGGAAGACGAUCAGUACCCUCGCCAGAGCCACUGUACACUCGAAGUCGACAUCUGUGUACAGGACAUCCUGAAUCGGUACGAGCUCCAGUAUCGACCCAUCCACCAUGACUUCCUGGAGCGCUCAAGUCAAAUGCCAAGAAACCCAGACGACAAGUUUGUCCCGUCAAUGGCAGGGCUUUGGAGAGACGAGACACGUCGCCGGAAGCGGCAAAUGGGCCUCACUGAUACAGAAAGUAGCCCGUUCCCUGCCGAAGUGAUGGUUUCCAUGUCCGCGGACCCAAGGAACACAGACAAAGGUGGCUGGAUACACGAGGAGGAGUAUCGAGAGCUCGUGGCGAACCUGAUCGAAGAAGAAAAGAAGUACAAGGACGAGGUGAGCUUUGGCACCUUUGUGAAAGAAGUUCCCGGUCAAGAGAAGAUAAGAACGACUGUGGAAAGCGUGGAAGACCUGUAUCCAGAGAACCUUUCGAGUCAGCAAAUAGACGACUACGAGCAAGAGCAAGCGCCUGAGCCAGAACCACUGGGUGCUGAAGUCAAGAGUACCAUGACCUUAGUCAAUGCUCUGCCUUGUGGUGAUGAGCCACCUCGCAGCGUUGAGCAGCUUCCCGAUGCCAUCGUAAAAGCCGUCGAGGCAGACGAAGCAGGCCAAGAUGACCAGUCCGAUACUGAAGAACACCAGUCGCUUGACCCGCUGACGGUGUCCCUUCUGCGACAGUCGGGUGACGGGGAAACUUCUGAUGACCACUUCGACGAAGGCAUUGAUCUCGUCGAUCCCAGCGACGCAGGCAGUAUCGGUGACCCUAACAGUCCAUCUGCAGUACGCAAGAGGAAUUUUGAACCGGAGUUUGAGUCUCCACAAAAGCGCCAACGCGUCUUGAACUCUUCCCCUCUUACAGCAAGGAAGAUAUUCUUCAGUGAAAGACUCGAGAGACGUACGACGACGAGCACACCAAGAAAGAAUAUUCACGAUGAGCCUCGGCCUAGCCAAUCAUCUCAGACUAGCAUCAAGGCUCAAGGGCACGGAGGGCUGACGACUAUGUCAUUUCCAGUCGUGAAGAACUCGAACGACCCAAGGACGAAGUUAAGACUCAGUCAGGCGGGAUACUCGAAUUCACAAGAUCUGCCCAAGACACCUGGGUCUAAGCACCUCAUGGUUAGAGGGACACUGAUGACUCCUUUGACACCGUGGACACACCAGAAAACUUCGCCUGUAAGACCAAACAGCAGCGGAUCCCAGGCUGUUGCUGAGGCGUCGUCCUUGACCGAGCGUCUGGCAAAAUCUUUCCCGCACCAGAAUCCCACACUAUACUUCGGCACUGUGCCUCCGUCCUUCGAUAUGGUCAACGACACUAUGAUGCAUGCUGGUCUACCGCCUGUCAUCUUUCAAGACGCUUACUAUAGCAACGAGAAAGACGUUCCGGAUCGAGCUCGUGAGUAUGCUGGGCGUGAGUUCAAGCUACAGAGCACCACUUUACCAUACCUGCCCCCGUUCGACCCCACUGGCAAGAGUGCUGCAAACUUUGGUGAACAGAAGCCGAUCUUGGUCGACAAGAAGAAGGAACAGGCAAAGAGCAGAAUCAGGUCUCAGCGUUGCAGCUUGCGGAAUUGGGAGAUCGCAAAGCCGCCUCCGCCAUUAGAGGAAGUAGAGGAAUGGCUGGAAAACGAGACAACAAAAAACGCGCCUUCGAAAACGCCAUCCAAACGCAAAAAAGCAGAGACGCCUAAGCCACGGAAGGUCAAGUUCUUGGAUCACCUCUCACAGAUCGAAGGACCCACACAGAAGAACAAACACGGUUUCAAGUUCUCGCAAAAGCAGAAGUCGACCAGCGUGAAGCAUGAGACCCAGUACAUGAGCAUCAUGAGCCUGGAAGUGCACGUCAAUUCGCGAGGUGACUUUGUUCCAGACCCUGCGGAAGACGAGAUCCAAUGCAUCUUCUGGACAGUCGAAGGCGAAGAAAACGCGACGACAGAUCGACCUCGGACAGGAGUUCUUUGCCUCUCAGAGGAGAACGGUAUCGCUGAACGCAUAGCCAAGCAGGUUUCGGUUGAAGUAGAGUACGAAGAAGACGAACUAGACCUCAUUAACCGUAUCGUGGACAUCGUCUGGCAGUUCGAUCCUGACAUCCUCACUGGCUAUGAGGUACACAACAGCUCCUGGGGAUAUCUCAUUGAGCGUGCGCGGAUGAAGUUUGAGUACAACCUCUGCGACGAGAUCAGCAGAGUGAAGUCGCAGUCUCACGGCAGGUUUGGCAAAGACGCUGAUCGGUGGGGCUUUACUCAAACUUCAACCAUUCGAGUAACCGGACGUCAUAUGAUCAACAUCUGGAGAGCUAUGCGAGGAGAGCUGAACCUGCUCCAGUACACUAUGGAGAACGUCGUCUUCCAUCUUCUACACAAGCGAAUACCGCACUAUCAACAUUCGGACCUCACCAGCUGGUACCUCAGUACGAAGCCUCGCGAUCUGUCCAAAGUGCUCAACCAUUUUCUGUCUCGCAUCCAGCUCAAUCUUGACAUCCUACAAGCGAAUGAAGUCGUGCCGCGUACAAGCGAGCAGGCGCGUCUACUUGGUGUCGACUUCUUCUCAGUCAUCUCCCGAGGAUCGCAGUUCAAGGUCGAAUCCACUAUGUUCCGCAUCGCCAAACCUGAGAAUUUCGUUCUCAUCUCUCCAAGUCGUAAGCAGGUGGGCCAGCAGAAUGCUCUCGAGUGUCUGCCUUUGGUCAUGGAGCCCCAGAGCGCUUUCUACUCUAGUCCACUCCUGGUGCUGGACUUUCAGUCCUUGUACCCUAGUGUCAUGAUUGCGUACAACCUCUGUUACUCUACAUGCUUGGGACGCAUCACGAGCUGGCGUGGCCGCAAUAAGAUGGGGUUCAUCGACUUCAAGCGUGAGCCUCGAUUACUGGAGCUUGUAAAAGACAACAUCAACAUCACGCCAAAUGGCAUGAUGUACGUCAAGCCGGAGAUGCGAAAGUCGCUGCUGGCGAAGAUGCUGGGUGAGAUCCUAGAGACCAGAGUAAUGGUGAAGAGCGGCAUGAAGCAAGACAAAGACGACAAACCCCUCCAGCAACUCCUCAACAACAGACAGCUAGCACUAAAGCUACUAGCCAAUGUCACCUACGGCUACACAUCCGCCUCGUUCUCCGGCCGCAUGCCUUGCUCCGAAAUCGCAGACAGCAUCGUCCAAACCGGCCGCGAGACCCUCGAAAAAGCCAUCGCCCUCAUCCACGCGACCGAAAAAUGGGGCGCCGAAGUAGUCUACGGCGACACCGACUCACUCUUCAUCUACCUCAAAGGCCGCACGCGCGAUCAGGCCUUCACCAUCGGCGAAGAAAUCGCAAAAGCUAUAACCGACGCCAAUCCGCGGCCCAUAAAGCUCAAGUUCGAGAAGGUCUACCACCCCUGCGUCUUGCUCGCCAAAAAGCGGUACGUUGGAUUCAAGUACGAACACAGAAAUCAGACUGAGCCCGAGUUCGACGCGAAGGGAAUCGAGACAGUGCGGAGAGAUGGCACACCCGCGGAGCAGAAAAUCGAAGAACGCGCGCUCAAGAUCCUGUUCCGCACCGCCGACUUAUCGCAAGUGAAAUCAUACUUCCAGGAACAGUGCGCGAAGAUCAUGCAAGGCCGCAUCAGCAUUCAGGACUUCCUCUUCGCCAAAGAAGUCAAACUUGGCACCUACUCUGACCGCGGCCCCCCUCCACCAGGCGCAUUGAUUGCGACGAAACGCAUGUUGGCUGAUCCGCGCACAGAGCCGCAGUAUGGCGAGCGCGUGCCGUAUGUCGUCAUUACUGGGGCGCCGGGCGCGAGGCUGAUCGAUCGAUGUGUCGCGCCGGAAGUGCUGUUAGCAAACGACCAUCUGGAACUCGAUGCUGAGUACUACAUCUCGAAAAACCUCAUCCCACCCUUGGAGCGUAUAUUCAACCUCGUGGGCGCGAAUGUGAGGCAGUGGUACGACGAGAUGCCCAAGGUGCAGCGCAUGCGCAACAUCACUGUUCCGCUGCCGAACAAAUCGAACCCCAAUAUCGCCGGCGGUCAGACGAAUCUCAAGAAGACGCUGGAGAGCUACAUGAAAUCUUCCUCCUGCCUUGUUUGUCGCGCAAAACUCCCACCUCCACCAACAUAUCUGCCUGGUGUGGAACCGGAUGCGUUUGCGGUGCUGCCGCUUUGCGCGCAGUGUUUGAGGAGGCCGGCAAGGGCGCUGCUUACCUUGAAAGAAAGGAUAUGGAAGAACGAGGUUAUAUGCAAAGAGGUUGAUAUGGUGUGUCGCAGUUGUUCGGGACUGGCGUGGGGAGAGGAGAUCAAAUGCGAUAGCAGGGAUUGUCCGGUAUUCUACACGAGGAUCAGGGAGAAGAGUCGCCUUUCGAACCUGAGGGAGGGCGUUGGGAGGGUGGUGAAUGUGCUUGAGGAUGGUAUUCCUGAGGAAUUUGGAGAAAAGAAGGGACGGAGGAAAGGGAAGGGAAAGGGAAAAGGAAAGAAGAGUCGGGGAAGUGAGGGCCUGGCGUGGUAG